AGUUUUUUGGUCCAAGAGCCUCUGAGGUGUUUUUGGCGCAAAUUUGGUCAAACAAUUCUGCUGGAAGAACUUCUGCAGGCAUGUAUCACACAGUGCUUCUCCGAAGUGAUGGCCAUGCUGUGGCCUGCGGGAGUAAUACCUACGGACAAUGCAGUAUUCCGGAUCUUCCUCCGGAGAAAGGAAUGAAAUACACUCAGGUUUCUGCAGGUGGAUGUCAUACAGUCCUUCUCCGAUCUGAUGGCAGUGUAGUGACUUCCGGCAGCAAUUUUCAUGCACAAUGUGAGUUUUCACCUUUAUAUAUGAAAGCCAUUCCAUACACACACGUUGAUGCAGGGACAGCUCACACGGUUCUUCUCCGAAGUGACGGCUUGGUAGCAGCUUAUGGAAGCAAUCAUCAUGGACAAUGCGAUAUUCCAGCUUUGGAUGGUGGAUUUUCCUAUACCCAGGUUGCUGCUGGGGCGUGGCAUACAGUACUUCUUCGAAGUGAUGGCAGGGCUGUACCUUGCGGGGAAAGAUCUGACGGACAAUGUGACAUCCCUCCUUUGGCUGAAGGAAUCAGGUUCACCCAAGUUUCUGCAGGCAGCUUUCAUACGGUUCUUCUCCGAAGUGAUGGUUGCGCCGUAGCUUGCGGAAGUAAUGAACACGGCCAGUGCAACAUUCCAGCCCUAAAGAACGGCAUGUCAUACAUCCAGGUGUCAGGCGGGAGUGCUCAUACUGUCCUGCUCCGGAGUGACGGCUGUGCCGUUGCUGUGGGACGUAAUCAAUAUGGACAAUGCAACAUUCCACCUCUCGGUGAAAACAUGUCGUACAUCCAGGUCUAUGCAGGUGGAUUUCAUAGCGUGUUUCUUCGAAGCGAUGGCGUGGCUGUGGCUUCCGGCUGGAAUCAUCACGGACAAUGUGACAUUCCAACGAUCAAAAAGCGUGGCUGUGUCUAUGUUGCAGAUCCUGCUCGGCCACGUGGGAAGGAUCUCAUUUUGCAAGUGGACUUUGCCUUCAAAGACCUGGUGAGCGUCACCUGGAUCUGCUCCAAUCUGGCUGGGGCGGAGAAGUUGCGCUUCGAGGCCUUGGCUUCCGACUUGGCCUCGGACAUUCACAGCCGCAUCGCCUCUGACCUCAACGUCAGCCUUCAGGAUCUGCAGCUGGUCCUACCUGACGGCCAGCUCUUGCUGUCGAUCUAUGCCGCCAAUCCCAAGGCCACCGUGCGGAUGGUGGUGCCAAAAGACCUGGCACCCUGGUGGCAACCGCCAUCAGAACCACCACCAGCUGCACCCUGGCUGCGCUAAAAUGGCCAUGGGGCAUGACGAUAUGUCUUGUGCAGCGAUAAAGAA